GAGAAUGGUGCCAAAAGACAGAAGCGUGUGGUGGGUUUGGAUCUCGGUGCUGUGUGCUGGAACCGUUGCCAGAGCAGCAGAACAAGGACAAUCGUCCAAGGACCCGGGGCAAAGUGGGCCUGUCGGAGGAACCGCGAGCUACUUCACCUGGACAGCAGAGAGAACAGACCGAAAUGCAACAUGGGGCACUACAAACACAGCCACCUCCACAGGAGGACCCACAACGCCCAACACAACAGUUCUCAUCCCAGUACAGGACACCCCUGGGCACAAAACCAGAGCCUCGGCUUUCAGCUCGAUCAAGUACUGGGUCCCGCCGGCGUUCAUGGUCAUUGCGUUGAUCACCCUGUAUUUCACGUACAGGAAGACCACAGAGAGAGAAAGCCGCAGCAGAGCCGGGUCCAUUGAUGAAUCCUCAGACUCUGACUCACAAGACAAUCAAGUGGUUCACAGUGCAGCCCAUGUUAUCCCCCAUCCGGAGGCGUGGAAUCAGACCCAUGCGGAGACGCUGCAGGCAAAGGAGACACUAACCACGGAGGAAAACGAAGCAGCUCUCUCUGACCCAGAUCCUUCCCCCAGCCAGAUUGAACAGAACACAGCGGCUGAUAGCGCGGCCCCGCCCAGCUAGCCCACGAUGUCAGAGCCUCCUGGCCCCUCAGCGCGAUGCCAACACAUGGAGAAACCACAGAGGCUUUGGUCACUUCUGAAGAAAGCUCUGUACACCACUCCCACCCUGCCCCAAAUCUUCCCCUGAUGAAGAAGGAGGUGACAGUCAAUCUCACCCCUUCCAUGGCGAUUUUCUCCUGUAGAUCUCAAGAUGCUUUGCAAGUGGGGGUACAUAUCAACAGCUCCAUUUUAGAACGGGAAACUGAGGCACAGAAAGGUGACGUGACCGUGCCUAUCAAGCCAGCAACAGAGCGAGGAAACAGAACCCAGGAAUCCUAAUACCCUGCCUGGCACUGGACUAUGCUGCCUAGCCUUGAUUGUGGUGCUGCUCCCUUGUGGAUGGCAAACUUUGGUCCUGAUUCUCCAUAAUGUUAAGCACGUGUCUAAAUCCUAGUGAGAUUGGGGACUGGUUUUGGU